CCAAAAAAACAGAGUAAUUUGAUAUCAAGUUUGGAACACAUUACAUCCGGUUUGUCGGAUUUUCAUCGGAAACAGGAAAGGGUUAACCCUUUCCACAUACGUCAUUCCAAUGACGUGCACACGCGUACACGUCAUCGGAACGGAAUCGGAAAAAGAACUAAUAAUUUAAAAAAAAACUUUAUCAGUACGUCUUCCGGUCGGAGGUCGUACCGAGGCUCUCAGAAGGCGGCGCGGGGAGGGCGUCUGGCACAGUUUGACGCCAGCUAUCGUAAGGUGCGGCGGUCGUGUCGCAACGGUUCUCUGCGAUGAGUACAAUGUCUUCGCAAACAUCGGCGCGACGCCUCUGUAAAUAAAAUUAACGGUGAGCCGCGAGCGCGUGAACGGGGCCCAACCCCGCAACUUGCAGUCGCCUCGGAACGGGAAAGGGUAAUACAAAGUUGAAGAAACAGACGGUUCGAGUCUUGUCCCUGCAUCUUGUCGCCUUCGUGUGCCUCAACCCACCCCGCCCCGUGGGGCUCUUGCGCCCUCUGAAGAAGGAGCCGUAGCCCGAAACGUCGCCCAGUACGAUGGCUUCACACGUUGAGUUGGCAUUCAUCAAACAAGAAAGCGAUGAAACUCCAAGCCCCAUUAUGUAUCCUGACGCGACAGGGAAUCGUCUCUCUGGACCCGGCGUCAAGGAAGAAGAUGAUGGGAGUCUGGGCACUGAGAUAAUGAACAUUGUGGUUAAAAGCGAAGUGGAGGAAGAUGCUCCAGAUGUGAAUAUUGUUAAAGUUGAAGGAGACGGUGAGAAGCCAGAGGAGACUGGGGAUUCCCACGGAUGUCCGGCCACUCCAGACCAGAAUUUCAUCGAAGUGGAGUUAUCAGAGGAUGACGUUAGUGAAGUGGUGCUGAGAACACUGGUGAACAUGCCGAAAAUGCAUCCAUCCCGAAAAUCAGUGUCUAGUGCACGUGAAGAUGUGGAGAAAACACCGAUACCUCUUCGGAGCGUAGCUGGCUCUGCCAUUACAGAUGCUGCUGUGCAUGGACCUCGUGAGGCAGGCACGGCUUUUGGGCCCGCUCGAGAAUUUCUGCUUGAACACAAUACCGACGAGAGUGGCAGCGACAUCGAGGAGGCGUCCUGUGCCUUUGAAGAAGAUGUUGGUCGGAGGAGAGGAAGGAGGCCACGUGGCCAUGGCAGAGGUGGACGGCCAUUCCCGCCCUCCUCACCCUUGGGUGAGUGGGCCACCCCUACCCAUGGCGAUAGUGGAGAUGAGGACCGAGCCAGUGAUGGCGGACAGCAGCAACCGCGUGCUGGAGAAUGGACGGAAGACAACGCCGGAGUGCGCUUGCUCGAUUUCACCGCAGUUCCAGGAAUGCAGACACCGGUUCCCGCCACUCCUUUGGGUUUCAUUCAGCUGUUUAUCACGCGGGAGUUGCUCAUGUUUUUCACGAAUGAAACCAAUUCGUAUGCUAACUGUGCCUUGGCAAACAAAUCAGCAGAGGAGAGGGCAGGGUGGGAAGGUGUCAAUUUGAUGGACAUCGCAAACUAUUUGGGACUAACCAUGGCGAUGGGCGUUGCAUCUCUUCCCGAAAUUCCAAUGUACUGGUCAACAGGGAAACCCUAUUCGAUGCCAGCCUUCAGGGAGACAAUGUCGUGCAAGCGUUUCAAAAGCAUUGGGAGAUUUUUUAAUUGCCAUAACAGCUGUGCAGUGCCUCGCGACAACACAGACCGGUUGCUGCAAGUGCGCACGGUCAUGGAAUAUUUUCAAAGUAAAUUCAAGGCGUUGUACGCCCCGAACAGGGAACUAUCUUUAGAUGAGGCCACGCUGGAAUGGAAGGGGAGACUGCCUUUCAAAGUUUAUAACCCGCAGAAACCGGAAAAGUAUGGCAUCAAAUUUUACAUUCUUGCUGAGGCUCAGACAGGAUAUGUAUUUAAUUUUGACAUAUACGUGGGGAUUGAGAAGUCAAUUCGCAACAUUGUGUUUGGACUGAUGGGACCUCUGCUGGAUAAAGGCUACCAGUUGUAUAUGGACAACUACUACAACUCGGUGAAGCUAACAGAAGAACUCUAUGAACAUGGAGUCCAUACUUGUGGAACUUUGAGGCUGUCAAGAGGAGCCCCAAAGGAUCUGCAAGCCCUGGCAAAAAUGAAGAUUCCACGUGACAGCAUUCAUUUCAGGAGGAAGGGAAAUACCUUUGUCAUAUGCUGGAUGAACACGCGCCUGGUCACACUUAUAACCAAUAUUCACAAUGCCGACACUCACAACUUCGUUCGGCAACAAAAGACCAGGAAGAGGGAUGGCACUGCACUCCUAAGUCGAAUUGAGCUGCAGCGACCUAACGCCAUAGCGGACUACAUGGACCACAUGAGGGGCGUGGUUCAUUUUGAUCAGAUGAUCCAAUACUACCACUUCACAAGGAAGACUCAUAAAUGGACCAAGAAAAUCGUGCUGUAUUUCCUGCAAAUGGCACUGCACAAUGCCUAUGUGUUGUACAAGAAAUAUAGCACAGACGAAAAGAAGUUGACAUUGCUCGCAUUCCAUGAGGUGCUGUUCAACGCCCUCAUUCAUUUUGAUCCUCAGGAGUGGGCCGUAAGCGUAGAUGUCACCCCCCAUGCACCCAACCUGCCUCUGGCACUCGUCGGUGCACCCGUCACCCCACGCAUCACCAUCGCCCGAACCAAUGCCGCCGCCGCCACCAGCACCACCACCGCCGCCGCCACCGGAGACGAACAAGAAGCAGGGCCUUCAGGUGUAUCCACCACAAGAAGGCAGCGGUUUGCACCUGGCAGUGACGUGGACGACGAGGCACCGGAUGACCCUUCUCCAAGCGCUCCUGCGAAGCACAAAAGGCCAAGGCUUGUUGACCCUUCGUGCAGGUUAACGCAAGUGACCGAGCAUGCCAUGACCUCCAUAAUGCCAAGUCAGCGACGAUGCCGGGUGUGCUACAGGAAUGGUCGACGGCGUGACACCACCUGGGAAUGCAACGUAUGCAAGAUUCCUCUGUGUUUACGGGGAGAUUGCUUCGUUCAGUACCAUUCCCAGAAGCAGUAUUGGACCCCGCCGCCCCCAUCAACACGGAAGAAAGACACUGCUUCAAAGAGGACGGCCACGGGCUCCAAGAGGGAAUGAACCUCUUUGGCUCUCCCCCUACCGAUAAGAAAGCCACAACAUCAAAAAUCUACAACCUGUCACCUGAGGUUGUAGUUUGGUAAGUGGGGUGGGGGGUGAAUGAAAGAGCUCUUCAAGGAAGAAGG